GCAUGCUGCAGCAUACUUAUUGAACCCUCAGCUUCAUUAUAGUCCCAAUUUUCAAGCUGAUGCAGAGAUUAAAAUUGGGUUGUACAAAUGUCUUGAAAAAAUGGUCCCUGACACUAAUGAGAGGGUGAAGAUAGAUUUGCAAAUUGAUGCAUUCAAGAAUGCAAGAGGACUCUUUGGUAUACAAAAUGCAAUCUUGACUAGAAAAAAGAAAUCUCCAGGGGAUUGGUGGGACUCUUUUGGUGAUGAAUGUCCCGAGUUGAAGAGGUUUGCAAUCAGGGUAUUAAGUCUAACAUGCAGUUCAUCGGGGUGUGAGCGCAAUUGGAGUGCUUUUGAGAUGGUACACUCAAAGCGGAUGAAUCGUUUACACCAAAAGAGAAUGAAUGACUUGGUCUUUGUGAUGUACAAUUUGAAACUGAGACAAAGGCACAAGAAUAGACAAUCAAUCAUGAAUCCAUUAUGUUUGGAUGAUGUUCUAUCAGACGAUGAGUGGAUAACAGAGAAAGAGAAUCCGACUCUUCCAAGAGAAGGAAAUUGGUUGCAUAAGAUGAAGAAGUAG